UAUUUCAAUACCAAAAAGAAAUAAACAUACAAGACAAUCACUAGAAGCUAUUAGAAAAUGUUGGAAGCAAGCAAAAAAUUUUGAUAAAGAAUUAGAAUUGGGACCAGUUAAAGAAUUAAAAUAUAGAAUAGUUAAAGAAUUAGAGCCUAAGCCUAUUGAGUAUGAGGAAGUUAUUAGUAAGAUACGAAUUAAAGAUCCUAAUAAGCUGUUAGAUGCUAAAUCUGAUGAAUAUAAUAAAUGUUUUAGUACUUUUUAG